CAGAAGAUUGGGGAGAUCAAGGAUAUAACGAGGAUCGAGAGAAUAGGUGCUCACUCUCAUAUUAGAGGACUGGGAAUUGAUGACUCACUUGAACCUCGUGAGGUGUCACAGGGCAUGGUCGGACAGAUAAAUGCACGUAAAGCAGCAGGUCUCAUCGUUCAGAUGAUCAAGGAGGGCAAGAUCGCAGGCAGAGCUAUACUGAUUGGUGGUGAGCCCGGCACGGGCAAGACCGCCAUCGCCAUGGGUAUGGCACAGUCACUCGGCUCAGAGACACCGUUCACAGCAAUUGCAGCAUCAGAGAUAUUCUCGUUGGAGAUGAGCAAGACAGAGGCACUGACACAGGCGUUCCGCCGAUCGAUCGGCGUGCGCAUCAAGGAGGAGACAGAGAUCAUCGAGGGUGAGGUCGUCGACAUUGUCAUUGAGCGCUCGACAACUGGUGCCAACAAAGUCGGCAAGCUGACUCUCAAGACCACCUCGAUGGACGCGCUCUACGAUCUGGGCGCCAAGAUGAUCGACGGACUCGUCAAAGAGAAGGUGUCCGCCGGUGACAUCAUCCGUAUAGACAAGGCGAGUGGCAAGGUCACGCGUCUCGGCCGCUCAAUCUCGCGUUUGAGAGACCACGAGAUCAGCGGCUCCAAGGUCAACUUUAUCGAGUGUCCAGAGGGCGAGAUUCAGAAGCGCAAGAAGCAGACACACACAGUCAGCCUUCACGAGAUCGACGUAAUCAACAGCAGAGCGCAGGGCUUCUUUGCCCUGUUUGCCGGAGACAUUGGAGAGAUCAAGGCAGAGGUGCGCGAGCAGAUCAAUCAAAAGGUGGCCGACUGGAAGGAGGAGGGCAAGGCCGAGAUCGUGCCCGGUGUCCUGUUCAUCGACGAGGUGCACAUGCUGGACAUUGAGUGUUUCUCUUUCCUUAACCGCGCGCUGGAAGACGACAUGGCGCCCGUCCUCAUCAUGGCAACCAACCGUGGCAUCACCAACAUCAGAGGCACCAACUACAAGGCGCCACACGGCAUCCCCGUCGACUUGCUGGACCGUCUGCUGAUCAUCACCACGUCGCCCUACUCUGAGAAGGACAUUCACAAGAUUCUAAAGAUCAGAUGCGAGGAGGAGGACGUGGACAUUAGCGACGACGCCCUACAGCUGCUCACAAAGAUCGGUCUGGAGACCAGUCUGCGUUACUCAAUCCAUCUGAUCACAUCGGCUUCACUGGUCGCUGCCAAGCGCAAGGCGACAGAGGUCAGUGUCACCGACAUCAAGAGAGUGUAUGAUUUGUUUGUAGACGUGAAGCGAUCGGUCAAGUAUCUCAAGGAGUACCAAGACGAGUUCCUGUAUGACAAUGGUGCCGGUGGAUUAACUGAGCCAAUGACUGUCGCC